CAUAAACAUUUACUAACUAGUACAGUAACAUUGGGGUAAUUAUCUUCCAUGACUGAUAGUGAUACUUGGCGGUAAUCGAUCAUACACCGCCCAGACAGCCUCCAACUGAUGACCGAUCAUCUAAAGAACGUGUUUAUGCAUUCACCCGGACUCCAUACUUGAAGAAAACACCGUUUUUGUUACAGUACCAGAAUGAAUUCAGCCGGACUGCUGUGUGAUACCGAGCGGCCGCGGCACCGUCCUUUCCUGAUCGGGGUGAGCGGAGGAACGGCCAGCGGAAAGUCCACAGUGUGUGCAAAAAUCAUGGAGCUUUUGGGUCAGAAUAAGGUGGAUCAUCACCAGAGGAAGGUCACUAUCGUCAGCCAGGACAGUUUCUACCGGGUUCUCACUCCAGAACAGAAGGCCAAAGCUUUGAAAGGCCAGUACAACUUUGACCAUCCAGAUGCGUUUGAUACAGAGUUAAUGUGUCAGACGCUGAAGGACAUCAUAGAAGGAAAGGUGGUGGAAGUUCCCACGUAUGACUUCAUCACCCAUUCCAGGCUGCCAGGGAAGAUAUGUGUGUAUCCCGCUGAUGUGGUGCUGUUUGAGGGGAUUCUGGUGUUCUACACACAGGAAGUCAGAGACAUGUUCCACAUGAAACUGUUUGUGGACACAGACUCAGACGUACGCCUGUCUCGCAGAGUUCUGCGCGACAUGAGAAGAGGUCGAGAUCUGGAACAGAUUCUCACACAAUACACCACGUUUGUUAAACCAGCCUUUGAAGAGUUCUGCCUUCCGACCAAGAAAUAUGCAGAUGUCAUAAUACCUCGUGGAGUUGAUAACAUGGUGGCAAUAAACCUGAUUGUGCAGCAUAUUCAGGACAUCCUCAAUGGUGACAUCUGCAAAUGGCAGAGGGGUUCUGUCAAUGGGCACGCCCAUGGGCGGAGUCUAAAGAGGGGCGUGGCUGAACACAGCGAGAACUCUAGCGGAGGCGGGAAUAUACCGGCAAAACGCCCCCUACUAGAGCCCAGCACACGACCACAUUAACACGCACAGAAGAGUCUCAUACCAUCAAAAAACCUGAAAGCUUGAAUUUGAAUUUUUCUGCAUGCUUCCAACACACAAUCUCUGUAAGGCUAGUAUUUUUUCCAAAAAUUAGAAUUUGAUGAAAAUGAUCACACCCCCGGGCCAUCCAAGAUGUAGAUGAGUUUCUUCAUUGGAAAAGAUUUGGGGAAAUGUAGCAUUCCAUCCUCUGAAGUGAAUGGGUGCCGUCAGAUUGAGAGUCCAACCAGCUGAUAAAAACAUCACAAUAAUCCUUGUCUUGUGAAGUGAAAAGUUGCGUGUUUGUAACAAAAAAAAAAUCUAUAAUGAAGAAGUUUUACGAGUCUUCUAUCCACAAUAUUGUUUUCUCCUGUGAAAAACUCGUCUCAUCUGAAUCAGAAGAGAAAUAUGCACUGAUCAAGCUCUGUUUACAGAUGAACACAGUUCUAAACAAAUAUGUGAGAUAUAAGAUUUUGAUGUGACAGGACAGCAGGAGAUGAACUUUUUCACUGGAGGAAGCGUUAUUAUGGAUUAUGGACUCGUAUUUUAGCCAGAAGUGAUGGUUUGAAGUUAAAAACCUGUUUGUGAUGGAUUUGUUUCUUACAAAUACUCACCUUUUCACUUUACAAGACAUUAACUGAUGGACUGGAGUGGUGUGGAUUACUUGUGGAUUAUUGUGGUGUUUUUAUCAGCUGUUUGGACUCUCAUUCUGACGGCACCCAUUCACCGCAGAGGAUCCACUGCUGAGCAAGUGAUGCAAUGCUACAUUUCUCCAAAUCUGAUGAAGAAAUAAACUCAUACACAUCUUGGAUGACCUGAGAGUGAGGACAUUCUCAGCAAAUUUUCAUUUUUGGGUGAACUAUUCCUGUUUAUCAGCUGAAGUCACUGAGUCACCUGACUCUCAGCGUGAACUUUAACCUGUAGUCACAUCUUUCUCAAAGAGGAACUGUUCUGCAGAUAUAAAAUGUGAAUGUCCUACAUUACUUGUCGCAAUUCACAUGCUAAUCACAUUAAUCUCUACUCAUAUGAUAUUUAUAAUAACAGUCAGUACUAGUAACAGUCUGCCUGAUCCGUCUCAUUAAGGUUGUAAUUUCACCACUAUAAAACGUGAGAUUGUAAUUACACACGUAGAAUAUAAAAGUCUACUUGUUUUGUUGCUAUUAUCAAGUAUAAUGGCUUUUUAAGACCUGAAAUAAAGUUUCAGUGCUUCAUAAGGCUCUUACUGCCUUGUCUAGAUCAUAAACUCCUGUUUGGUCAGGAUAAGACAUGAAGUAAAAUACUUCUGGUGAAUUACAGUGAUAGUUUAGUAUUUAAGAUAUUAAUCUCACUAUCACUGUUUUGUCUCUUUAUUUUUAAUGUUCUGUAUAAUUUAUGUUGUUCACCUCACUCUGUAAUUUGUUCCUAAAUGUGAAUAUUUUAAAAGUUCUUUAUUUGUAAUCAGAUUUUGCAUUUUUCUUGUACAAACCUUUUUUAAACAUUAAA